AUGGCGGACAAACCGGCGAACCCCCCGACUACGCCCCAAGCCGCCACAGACCGACAGCCUGUAGGCGACGACAAGUCUCUGAGCGACAUCAGAAGAUCGAUGAAGAGGGAUCCAGACGGACAGGGCAUAAGUGGGUUGGGCUACGACGGCGUGCUCCGUACUUUUGACGCCGAACGUAAUGUUCUCGACGCAGUUGGCCUCAACCCAGCCCAGAUUAGAGAAUACUACGAUGGUCUGCCGCUUCCCGAGAGACUACGCACCGCCGACGGCCGCAACGUGUCCCGUUGGGACAUGUUCCACCCCGAUGCGGAGAAUGUUCCGAAGAAGUUUACGGAGGAGGAGAAAGCCAGAAUUCUGGCACGGAACGAGGAGAUGGCAAAGCGUGGAGUCACAACCUGUGUUCCAGGCAAGUCGGCAGACGAGGGGGGAUCGAAAGCUUAG